AUGGCGCUGAAUGGAGAUUUCAGCUCAAAUCGACAUGGCGCAGCGGGCCAAGAAGACUAUGAAAUUCUGAUCCGUCACCCAGAGCUAUCAUUUGACGAUGCCAAUAUCGCUGUUGUCGCUGGGCAUCAGUAUUUUCUUGUUCACAAAGGACUGUUGUGCCACCAUUCGGCCACCAUCAGACAUUCCCUGCGAUCUCCACGCGUGGACAUAGGCCGACUGUUGGAGGGGCGCCCUGCUCUUAUUUUGCACGAUUCUCCAGAAGAGUUGGCCCACUUUCUUCGAGCGUUGUAUGGAUUUUGCCUCAAUAUGGAAGAUAUCGAUUUCCGUACUGCAUCAGCUCUACUCAGAAUGUCGACAAAGUAUAACGUGGAACACCUACGAAAGGAGGUCCUCCGCGUGUUGGCGCUUUCAUGGCCUAUCACACUGGGGCUAUGGGAGACCAGGGAACAAAAUGCAACUAGUGCUAGUGGUGUGUAUGCACCACGUCCAGCACUUCCUCAUCCUAUCGUAAUAAUCGAAUUAGCUCGAGAAGUCAACGCACCAGAAUUGCUCCCUUCCGCGUUUUACGAUUUAUCUCGCUAUCUUCCGAGUCAGAUUGUCACUGGUUACGUCGAUCUCAUACGUGGAACAGCUCACCAACUGGCAACAGAAGACCUAUUACGGGUAUUACGCGGGAAGGAACAAGCCGCGCGCUUCUUUUCUACAUUCAUCGUGAACGAAAUCGAAGGCCGGACACCAUCAGAGGCUUGCUGUCGACAACACGCUCCAAAUCCGAACGGUCAGCGUGCUUGUCAAAUUGCCUUUGAAGCCAUCAACUUUGAAUUAAUACGCGACGUAAACGGUAUGGUAUGUAACCGCAACUCGGAUCCUUUGUUCGCGAUCUCCGACAGUUUUAUGAUGCAAACUCGCGACGACCUUCCUGGCGUAGAGAACAUGGCCGUGUAUAGAGCUUGUGAGGUUUGUCGACUAGAGUACGGCACCGUGGUCGAGGCACUGCGGCAAGAGUUCUGGAGGAAGAUUCCGGAAUGGUUCGAACUGGAAAUAUCUGUUUGGGGCUGA